AUGGUCGUGGCAACAAAGACAGCUAUGGCGGGGAUCUCGAUACGAAUGAAUGAAAGCGCCGCCCUCAGUACGCGCCCCGAUGCCGUCAGAGAGAAGCGCGGCUUCACUGGCGGCGCUGGUUAUGGCGGCGGGUACGGCGGCGGCCACGGUGGUAGCGGCGGCGGCUUCCUGGUCGUCAGCGGCGGAGGCGGCGGUGGCCACGGGCCCAGCGCCGCCGACAUCGCUAACCAGGCUGCCGCGCAGGCCUCUGCCGCCGCCGCUGGCCUCAAGGGCGCUGCCGCAGGCGCUGCCGGCGCCGCAGCCAACCAAGCCGCCGCCAUCGCCGCCGCCGCCUCGCAGACAGCCCAGGCCGCCGCCGCCCAGAAGCAGUCGCAGGCCGCCCAGCUGACGCAGGCCAGGCAGGGCGCCCACGCCGCCGCCUUCGCCGAGUCCUCCCUGUCGGGACAGGCCGCCGCCGCCGAGGAAGCGGCCGAGAACACGCACAAGCUCGCCCUGUCCGUGGCCAACGACCUGGCCGCCGCCAGGCACGAGGCGCAGGCCGUGGUAUCGCAGGCCUUCCAGGCACUUCAGGCUGCGCGGGACGUGCGAGCCACGCAGGCCGCCAUGGCGUGGCAGGCGCAGCAAGCCGCCCAUGCUCUUGGCCUGCAGCAGGGCGUUGUCGUGAACGACCUACAAUCCGCCCUGGGCGCCGCGGCACAGGCGCAGGCGGCGUCCGCCAAGGCGCUGGCCAAGGCCAAGGGCAGCGGAGGCGGGUAUAGCGGCGGAUUCGGAGGCGGGUUCGGGUACGGCCACUGA